CCACGCCGCCGUCAAACCACCACUCCUCCAUUCGAACACCGCCACGAUGAAGACGACAUGGAAGGAUAUCGCGCCGGUGCCGACGUCGCAGGAGUUCCUGGACAUCGUCCUGUCCCGAACACAGCGACGACUGCCGACACAAAUUCGUGCCGGCUUCAAAAUCACUCGUAUUAGAGCUUUCUACAUGCGAAAGGUCAAAUACACAGCAGAGACCUUCUCCGAGAAAUUGUCGGCCAUCCUCGACGGUUUUCCACGCCUAGCAGACAUCCACCCGUUCCACAAAGAUCUCCUCAAUACCCUCUACGAUGCGGACCACUUCCGAAUUGCGCUGGGCCAGUUGAACACCGCGAAGGGCUUGAUCGAGACUGUGUCAAGAGACUACGUCCGCCUGCUUAAAUAUGGUCAAUCGCUGUACCAAUGCAAACAGCUCAAGCGUGCGGCGUUGGGUCGCAUGGCCACGAUUUGCAAAAGACUGAAGGAUCCUUUGGUAUACCUCGAGCAAGUGCGACAGCAUCUUGGCCGUCUGCCCAGCAUCGAUCCCAACACACGUACACUGCUCAUUUGCGGCUACCCAAACGUCGGCAAAUCGAGUUUCCUCAAGAACAUCUCUCGUGCAGAUGUUGAUGUGCAGCCAUAUGCUUUCACAACGAAGAGCUUGUUUGUUGGACAUUUCGACUACAAGAUGCUGCGUUUCCAGGCGAUCGAUACACCCGGUAUUCUGGACCACCCACUUGAAGAGAUGAACACGAUCGAAAUGCAAAGUAUCACGGCUAUUGCUCACUUGAGGAGUGCGAUUAUGUACUUCAUGGAUUUGAGUGAGCAGUGCGGUUACAGCGUGCACGCACAAAUUGCACUUUUCGAGAGCAUCAAGCCUCUCUUCGCGAACAAGCUUGUGUUCAUCGUGAUCAACAAGAUCGACGUGAUGAGGCCAGAAGAUCUGGAUGCGGAAACGCAAGAAAAGCUGCAAAACCUUGCUAAGAGUGCAAAUGUGGAAAUUCUGCAACUCUCAUGCACUACGACCGAGGGCCUCAUGAACGUGCGAAAUGCUGCUUGCGACAGACUCCUCGCGGAGCGCAAUGCACAGAAGCUGCAGGCUGGCACAAACACUGCAGGCGAGAUCACUGGUCGCAUGGGAGAUGUUCUCAAGCGUAUUCACGUCGCACAGCCACUCGGAGGCGUCAAGUGGGAGCCUUCGAUUCCAGAGGCUGCUCUUCGCAAGAUCAAGUACGACAAGGACGACCCGAACAGAAAGAAGUUGAUGCGCGAGAUCGAAGAGGAGAAUGGCGGCGCUGGAGUUUUCAACGUCAACCUCAGAGAUCAAUAUCUUUUGGAAGAUGACGAGUGGAAGAACGACAGAAUUCCUGAAGUGCUCAACGGCAAGAACGUUUACGAUUAUUUCGAUCCAGAUAUCGAGGAAAAGCUCAAGGCAUUGGAGGAAGAGGAGGAAGCACGAGAGGCAGAUGGCGUAUACGAUGAAGAUGAGGAGAUUGAGGAUGCCGAGGAGGCGGACAUUGCGUUCAAGGCUGAGCUCAUCCGGGAGAAGAGACAGCUGAUCCGCAACGAGAACAAGAUGCGCAAGAGCUUGAAGAACAGAGCGGUGAUACCCCGGUCGAAGAAAGCAGUCGACAUGGAGAAGAUGGAUGCUGCGCUACAAAAUGCUGGGUACGAUACUUCAGCAAUCCAAGAACGUGCUCGCGCGGCUUCCAGACCUCGUGGUAGGAGUCGGGCGCCUACAGAAGAUGCUUCAAUGGCUGGUGGAGACGACGCUAUGGAACUCGACGAGACGCCUCGACAACGUCUGGCUCGCAGCUUGUCAGUGGCCAGAGUCCGCAGUCAGAGCAGAGUGAACAGGAGAGAAGACGGUGUCACGAACGAGACAUCGAGAACGAAUGCAGAGCGCAUGGCUAAGCUGGGUCAAAAGAAGAUGAACCGUAUGGCGAGACAAGGUGAAGCCGAUCGCCACACAACUGCCAGCAAGAGCAAGUGGCUGCUGGCUGGUAAGCGUGGUAUGGGCAGCACUCGGUCUCGUUAGUUCACUGGUGCGAUGCAUUGCGAGCUGUAUGGCGUUCACGGCGGCAUGAAUGGUACAAAAAGGUGUCUGGCGUUUCUGGCGUUUCGACAAUGUCGCAUUGUGCUUAGAGAGGUCUGUCGAGUAAGACGUUGGCGUCCACGAUACCAUAGAAACGGAUAAUCGAAUGAUGGAUCAUGUCUGAAGCGAGUUUUUCUGUUGGUCUCCCACUGUCCGACU